AUGCGCCAGUUUUCGUUGGCUUCGCUUUCUCUCCUGGCGAGUUGCGUCAGCGCACAGCACAUUUUUAAUCUCAGUGAUGUCUCGUGGACGGUGAGCAAUGGCGUCAAUGCCACUGUGCCUGGCAAGCUGCCUUCACAUGCUCACAUUGACUUGCUGGCUGCCGGCGUCAUUGAAGAUCCCAUUUAUGGCUUCAAUGAGUGGAAUCAAUUUUGGGUUCAGCGGAUGAACUGGACAUAUACAUCUGGGCCCAUCAAAGGACUGAAAUCUCAAAAAGGGCUUACAUCAUGGCUCGUCUUUGAAGGCCUUGACACCUUUUGUGAAAUCAAGCUCUGCAAUCAGACAGUCGGCAAUACCAAAAACCAGUUCCGCAAGUACACAUUUGAUGUCAGCGACAUUUUGCCAAAAUGCUCUGGAGAUCCAGUCUUAAGCUUGAACUUUGGCUCGGCAAGCAAGAUUGUUCUCGACAUUGCGCAGAGAAGUGAUCUUGAAUUCCAAGGCCGAGUCUACAUGCGAAAAGAGGAAAGCGAUUUUGGAUGGGAUUGGGGCCCGCAGUUUGCUCCAGCCGGGCCAUGGAGACCAGCAUAUAUUGUGCAAAAGGCCAAGGCCGAUCCUGUUUACAUCACUAACACGGCGAUUGACAUCUUUCGUCAAGGCCAAAUGCCCAACCUAUCGCCCGAUCAGUCAAAGCCAUUCGUCUUCAACGCCAGCAUCGAUUAUAUCGGCACGCUUCCCAAGAACACGCAGUUCCACUUGAAGAUUGUCGACAGCAAGGGCCAUACGCUCAAAGAGGCCAGUCUAGCUGGAAUAAGCCAGUCUAACGGCACCAUCACCGGCAAUACUGUUAUUGGCAACAAUGUGAAUCUUUGGUGGCCUUCUGGCUACGGCGAGCAGCCCCUGUACACGGCAACGCUCUCCCUCAUCAACUCUGCAUUCUCCAAGCCUGCCACGGUUACCAAGCGAGUUGGUUUCCGAACCAUUGUCUUGAAUCUUAAUGCCAUUACCGCUGAAGACAAGGCCAAGGGCGUUGCCCCCGGAGCCAGCUGGAAGUUUGAGAUUAAUGGCCACGAGCUAUAUGCCAAGGGCUCCAACUUUGUGCCUCCAGACAUCCUGUGGCCUCGUGUCAACCAGACCAAGAUCAAGGAAACAUUUGAGCUGGCCGUAAACUCGCACUUCAAUAUGAUGCGGAUCUGGUCUUCGGGAGCUUACCUCCCAGACUGGGCGUACGACUUGGCUGAUGAGAUGGGUUUGCUGCUGUGGUCUGAAUUCCAGUUCUCGGUGGCCUAUUUUCCCGCAACUUCCGAUUUUCUUGAGGAGUACGAGGCAGAGGUCUACUACAACGCUCGUAGAGUCAACCACCAUCCGAGUCUGGCGCUGUGGGCUGGUGGCAACGAGCUGGAAUACCUCAUCUAUGGCUGGUGGCUCAAUCCCCGGGACAACCCCCAGCUCGAAAACUACGAGACCAUUUUCCAGCAGCAUAUUGCCAAGUGUGUCUACGCCAAUACUCACUCCAUCAGCUACAUUCCUUCUUCAACCUAUCACGGCUACACAUCGCUCGACUUCAACUCGGUCAGUCCUCAGACGUCUCGAUACGACUAUAUGGAGAGCCCUGAUGCGCUAUACGCCGACACCGACUUUUACAACUACGACGGAACUAUUGCUUUUCAGUACAGCGGUUAUCCCGUUGGUCGUUUUGCUGACGAGUUUGGAUUCCCCUCCAUGCCCUCGGUCUACUCCUGGCAAGAAGCCAUCCCCGAGAGCGAAUUCUACUUUGACUCAUCAUAUGUGCGGCACCACAACCGUCAUCUCAGUGGCGGCAGCGACUUUUUCUCUUCUUCUGCGGGUGGAAUCAACCAAUUCACAGAUAGCAUUAAGCUCUGGUACCCGUUGCCCCAGCUGCAGGAUCCCGUAGCCAACUUCACUGCCUGGACGUGGACCUCUCAGGUGUUCCAGGCCGACUAUUACCAGGCUCAGAUUGCUUUUUAUAGGCGAGGAUCCGGGCUUUCUAACCGCCAGAUGGGCGCUCUAUACUGGCAGUUUAACGACAUCUGGGUUGGCCCGACCUGGUCCAGCACCGAACACAGUCUGCGGCAAAAGGUGGCCUAUUAUGCUGCCAAGGACAUCUUCAACCCUGUCAUUGUCUGGCCCUUUUACGACGAGGCUACUGAUGUCUUGGAGGUUUGGGUCGUGUCUGAUCUGUGGCAUAAGGUUUCUGGGACCGCCUCGUUCAAGUGGGUUGACUGGCAGGGCAAUGCUCUCGAUGUUGAUCCGCCCGUCCACGUUAAUCCAGCUCACGAUGGAUCAUUCAACGUCAAAUUCGACGUACAACCAAUCAACGCCACUCGUUUGGUUACAUACCCUGCUCUGUCCACCUUUUUCGCCUGCAAGAACCCAACUUCAAACGCUCUGCUUUCAAUUUCCGUCGAGGCUGGCGGAUACACUCACUCGACGUUUUUCCACCCGCAAAGCCUUCGCUUGAACAGCAUUGCCGAUCCGGGCCUGGUAAUGACAAAGUCCCUUCGUGGAAGUAAAGCUCAAUUCAAGAUUACGGCUACAAAGGGCGUGGCAGCUUGGGUUUGGCUGGACUAUCCCACAACGGUAAGAGGAUACUUUGACCAGAAUGGCUUCUGGCUGAACAAGGGCGAGAGCCGCACGGUUACUUUCAGUGUGUGGGAUGAUUGGUCAAAGGGUGCUUGGAUCAAUGAUGUUGUGCUUAGAUCAAUCUAUGACAAUGUAGAAAAGUCAUAG